AUGUCGUCUGUGGAUGAUUCAGAUCAACUCCUUCAGAAGCACGACUGCGCCCCGCCCCUUAUGCCCGAGAAGGACACGAGCGAAGAGGGCGCAGGAAACCCAACUGAGCCUUCAGAAAUGGAUGAUGAAGGCAGCGUGGACGAGAACGGCGUCACCACACUUAUGAAGGCAGCCAGCAGAAACGACGUGGACGCGGUGAAGCGCUACAUCCCUUAUCAGGCAAGGAUGGUGGCGAGGUUUGUCAAGGCAGGGAGAGUAGAGAUACGCGAAGGAACGGCACUGAUGAUCGCCGCGGUGCUUGGACACGUUGAGGCGGUGAAGCUGCUGAUGAAGCACGAGCGUUGCAUGAGGAGCAGCAAUGAGUACACGGCCCUCAUGUGGGCGGCAGCAAAUGGUCGCGCUGAGGUCGUGAGGCUACUCAUGGAGGUUGAGGGUGGCAUGCAGCAGGGCAAGGGCUGGACUGCUCUCGUCAGUGCAGCAUACUUUGGUCGUCUGGACUGUGUCAAGUUACUGCUGGAGAAGGAGAGGGACAUAGGCGGCUGGCCUGCUCUUUGCGUAGCUGAUAUGGAGGGUCAUUCCGAGGUGGUGUCUCUUCUCGAGAGUGAGGGUAUUGGACUGGAGGAGCCCUGUCUACGGAUGUCGCCCAGAAAGGCCGUGAGUGAACGCGCCUAA